GGCCAGAGAUGAUUAGUGGGUAUCAUAGGAUUUCUGAGGAGGAUUUAAGGGCAGUGAGGGAGCAAGAAGGGAUUCCAGAUUUAGAAGAGGAGGAAGAGGAAGAUGAGGAUGAAAUGAAGGAAGAGAAUAAGGUAGUAGCCACUAAAGAGAAAGAAAAUGUGGAGCAAAGAGAAAAUGGGAAUGAAGUUGUACAGCAACCUGUACAUACUGCUAAUGUAAACCAAGAGGACCAGAGAAUAAGUUUGACAGUCGUGGAUAAUCCAUUACAGGGGAGGGAGUUACUUGAAGCACUAACUGACAUUGAAGACCAUUUUGUCAAGGCAUAUGAUGCUGGAAAGGAAGUAUCAAGGAUGUUAGAGGCAAAUUGGGUACAUUCACAGCCUAAUUUGGGAGAACCCAAAGAGAACUCAACAAAAAUCAUCCCAGCAAUUACUUGGAAGUCUCCUGCAUCUCGUUCACCAUCAUGCAAGAGUCUUGUGGCGUCUAGUUCCAAGAGUUCUUCCACAUGGACAGAAUUCAAGAAUGAUCUAUUUGAUGAUUAUGGUGGAAUGGGUUCUGGGAGCCAUUUGCUGACGCUAGGAAGGCUGUAUGCUUGGGAGAAGAAGCUGUAUGACGAGGUUAAGGCUGGAGAUAGCACUUGGAAAUUAUAUGAGAAGAAGUGCAAUCAACUAAAAAAUCAUGAUGCCAGAGGAGAUGAAGGACGGACCGCAGACAAAACCAGAGCAGCAGUAAAAGAAUUAUAUAGCAGGAUCCUAGUCACAAUUCGAAGUGCUGAGACCAUAUCAAAAAGAAUUGACGAACUACGAGAUGAUGAACUGCAGCCUCAAAUCAUUGAACUGCUUCAAGGUAUGAUGAGAACUUGGAAGAUCAUGCUGGAAUCCCAUGAGAUCCAGAACAAGAUUAUAUUCGACGUCAAAAGUUUCACCUGUCCUGCAUAUGGAAAGUUCUGCAAUGACUCUCAUCGGCUUGCCACAGUACAGCUUGACGUUGAGCUUCAAAAUUGGUGCGCUCGCUUCCGAGAUUACAUUGCUGCCCAGAAGGCUUAUGUGGAGGCACUCCAUGGAUGGCUGUCCAAGUUCACAGUCUCUGAAGUUGAAUUGUAUUCCAAAAGUAGGAGUUCAACUCCAGCUUGUCGAGUUAAUGGUCCUCCACUUCUCAUGAUUUGCCACGAUUGGUUGUCUGCCAUGAACAAGUUGCCAGAUAGAGCAGUUUCUGUUGCCCUUAAAGGCUGCGGAAAGGAUGUAAGAGCUUUGUGGGUUCAGCAGGGAGAGGAACAGCAACAAAAGCGAAAAGUUGACAGCAUGUCCAAAGAAUUAGAUAGGAAAACACUGGCGUUCCAAAAGGUGGAGAACAAGCUUUAUGAGUUCAAGCUCACAGACCGAAGCUCGGAGCUCGAAAUUGAUCAUAGAGCUGAGUAUCUGAAGGAGAGGAAGGACUUGCUGGACAACUUCAGGAAAAGGGUAGAUCUAGAGAAGGAAGAACACCAGAAAUGCAUGCAAGAAACUCAGAGGAUCACUCUGAACGGCUUUCAGACUGGUUUUUGCCGAGUUUUUGAGUCUAUAACAGAAUUUUCCAGUGAAGCACUAAAAAUGUACAAUGAACUACUAAGCAGUGGUGAGAAGGCUGAGAAAAUCGUUAACCAGCCAUCCAUAGAGAGCUCCCAAGCUGGUGAAGAUGUCAAAAGAUGACUUUGGCUGGUUUGGAUUUCCUUAUUUAAUGCAUAGAGUUGAAUUGUUAGUUUGUAUAUUAUGGUGCCAUCAAAGCAGCUCGCUGAGAUGUAGUCACUUGUUUUCGUGAUUGGAGUUUCUUCAAGGUCAAAGGCCAGAUUUCAUAGGACAGUUUUUAAUUCCCCUAUUCUGGGUUGUUCUGUCAAAGCUACAGAAAAACUGAGCCCGUACUUAUCAAUCAUCAAGCACAGUUACUGUAGUUUUUGGCUCAAAGCCAGUUUGUGAACCCUUAGAAA